AUGGAACAAGAAGCAGCCCAAGUCUCAAGAGUCGCCGUUCGGAUGCCAGAGUUUGUAGCCACCGAUCCCGAAUUAUGGUUUGCCAUGGCUGAAGGAAGCUUUCUUUGCUCCGGAGUGACACAAGACCGGACUAAGUUUGGCUACAUCGUAGGAGCCCUGCCAGCAAAAUUUGCCGCCGAGGUGAAGGACAUAAUCAUGAACCCACCUACCGACGGGGCCUACGAGAAAUUGAAGAUGGAGCUGGUGCGACGUCUGAGUGCCUCCCAAGAAGAGAAGACCCGCCGCCUACUGGAAAGAGAGGAAAUUGGAGAUCGUAAGCCGUCACAAUUCCUUCGACAUUUACAGGGACUCGCAGAUCCAACCGUCCCAGAUGCCCGGAUAAAAUCCCUGUGGAUGAGCCGGCUACCCAAGUGUGUCCAGGUGUCAUUGGCCAUCAUCAAGGACACAAAUCUCGAAGACUUGGCAACCCAUGCGGACAAUAUAAUGGAAGCCUCCCGACCUAUCGUCCACCAGAUAGCAGAGACAACCAACAUAGAGGCCAUCAUCGAUAGGAAGCUGGAGCAGAUGUUCUUAGGACUGAACCUGGAGAUAGCAACCCUGCGAGCAGAGCUGGCAGCACACCACCGAGAGCGACCCGAGAGAGAUGGGAGCCGAGGUCGUUCCCACAACCGUCGAAGAAGCCAGAGUCGCAGACGAUCGCCAACUGAUGGAAAGUGCUGGGGGCCUUCACUAGAAGCGGCCAGUGAUCCCAGCCCAACGACGCGCCGCUUGUUCAUUACGGAUCAGGACUCCAAGUUGCAGUUCCUGGUCGACACUGGAGCAGACCUGUGCGUCUUCCCACGCAGCGCAGUCACUGGCAGACGAGAGAAGUACGACUACGUCCUUUCAGCAGCCAAUGGGACACCCAUUGCCACGUAUGGUACAACCACCCUCACGCUGAACCUAGGACUACGCAGAGAUUUCACAUGGAGGUUCGUCAUAGCAGACGUAUCAAAACCCAUCAUCGGCGUCGACUUCUUGAGUUUCUACAACCUGCUAGUGGACGUGAGGAACCGAAGACUUUUGGACGGAACCACCCAACUCACUACCCAAGGAGAAGUGGCUGAGUGCUCCAUCCCAGAAGUCAAGACUGUCAUCGGAUCCUCCAGGUAUCAUGAUCUACUAACGCAUUUUCCAGAGAUCACCAGACCUGCAGGAGCCCCAGGACGCAUCAGGCACAACACGAGGCAUCACAUCAAAACGAUGCCCGGACCACCAGUAGCUUCGAGACCACGACGUUUGGCACCAGAUGAGUACAAGGCAGCCAAAAAGGAGUUCGAAGCCAUGCUACGACUAGGAAUCGCCCGUCCAUCCAAGAGUCCAUGGUCAUCCCCACUGCAUCUCGCACCAAAGAAGGGUUCUGAAGAAUGGAGACCGUGUGGAGACUACCGUGCCCUAAACGCCCGGACUGUCCCCGAUCAGUAUCCCGUGAGAAACAUCCAGGACUGUUGUGUUCUGAUGAGUUACCCAAAAAGGGAAUGA